CGGGGCUGGUUCCGGAUGCCUAGCGCCCCCGGUGUCCCCACGUGGUGGCCUCGGGCCGGAGCUCGUGCGUCCCCGGGGGAAGGCAGGGCCGUGCCCUCGCCCUGCGCCUGCUGGGGAGCUGGGGAGCGGGCUCCGGGCGGCAGGCCUGGACGCCGCCACGGGGAGCCCGGUCCCGCGGGCAUUUGGCCGACGUGCUUCGGAGCGAGGCGAAGUCUUACCUGCUCACGUAGAGGGGAGAGUCCUCUGGAGAGGAGACGCAGGGCAGGCCAGCUCCCGACCGAGACCAUGGCAAGCCCAGGGAAAGACAAUUACCGAAUGAAGAGCUAUAAGAACAAUGCCUUAAACCCUGAGGAAAUGAGACGAAGGAGGGAGGAAGAGGGCAUUCAGCUUCGGAAACAGAAGCGGGAACAACAACUUUUUAAACGGAGAAAUGUGGAGCUGAUUAAUGAAGAGGCUGCCAUGUUCGACAGUCUGCUGAUGGACUCCUACGUGAGCUCUACAACAGGGGAGAGUGUGAUCACAAGAGAGAUGGUGGAGAUGCUCUUUUCUGAUGAUUCUGACUUACAGUUAGCAACCACACAGAAAUUCCGGAAACUCCUCUCCAAAGAGCCAAGUCCUCCAAUAGAUGAAGUUAUUAACACUCCUGGAGUAGUUGAUCGGUUUGUGGAGUUUCUGAAGAGGAGUGAGAAUUGUACAUUACAGUUUGAAGCUGCUUGGGCUCUGACAAACAUUGCCUCUGGAACUUCUCAGCAGACCAAAAUCGUCAUUGAAGCAGGAGCUGUCCCCAUUUUUAUAGAGCUGCUUAACUCUGACUUUGAAGAUGUACAAGAACAGGCAGUCUGGGCUCUGGGAAACAUAGCUGGAGACAGUUCGGUUUGCAGAGAUUACGUCCUGAAUUGUUCGAUCCUUAAUCCUUUGUUAACACUCCUUACUAAGUCCACACGACUGACAAUGACAAGGAAUGCAGUCUGGGCCCUGUCAAACCUCUGCCGAGGCAAGAACCCACCUCCAGAAUUUGCAAAGGUUUCUCCUUGUUUGCCCGUAUUGUCUCGCCUACUCUUCAGUAGUGACUCAGACUUGCUGGCAGAUGCUUGCUGGGCCCUCUCUUACCUGUCUGAUGGCCCCAAUGAGAAGAUCCAGGCAGUCAUAGACUCUGGAGUCUGCCGGAGAUUGGUAGAACUUCUGAUGCACAAUGAUUACAAAGUGGCAUCUCCUGCCUUGAGAGCUGUGGGUAACAUUGUCACUGGGGAUGACAUCCAGACCCAGGUCAUUCUUAACUGUUCAGCCCUCCCUUGCCUCCUCCACCUGCUAAGCAGCUCUAAGGAGUCAAUCCGGAAGGAAGCUUGCUGGACCAUUUCAAACAUCACUGCUGGCAAUAGGGCUCAAAUACAGGCUGUCAUAGAUGCAAAUAUCUUCCCUGUGUUAAUCGAAAUCCUUCAGAAAGCAGAGUUCCGUACAAGGAAAGAAGCAGCCUGGGCCAUCACCAAUGCUACAUCAGGAGGAACCCCUGAGCAGAUCAGGUACCUGGUGUCACUGGGCUGCAUCAAACCCCUGUGUGACUUGCUGACUGUAAUGGAUUCAAAGAUUGUGCAAGUAGCCCUCAAUGGACUAGAGAACAUCCUGCGACUUGGAGAGCAGGAGGGCAAGCGUAGUGGCUCAGGGGUCAAUCCCUACUGUGGCCUCAUUGAGGAAGCCUAUGGCUUAGAUAAAAUUGAGUUUCUCCAGAGCCACGAGAACCAGGAAAUCUACCAGAAAGCCUUUGACCUCAUUGAGCACUACUUUGGCGUAGAAGAUGACGACAGCAGCCUGGCUCCUCAGGUGGAUGAAACACAACAGCAAUUCAUCUUCCAACAGCCUGAGGCCCCCAUGGAGGGCUUCCAGCUAUAAUGUCUGCUUCCGGGGAGGGGAGGGCAGGGGAAGCACCACCACCCAGCAGAAGAGCAGCCCUCUGGUGGGCAGGGAGACAGCCAUCCCACCAGCAGCCACCAUACACCUGCUGCCCUGGAGACUGUGCUCUUGACCUGCUCAUCCCCUUCCCUGGAGGGAGCACCCUCUGGACAGACAGAACCAUCUGAGGCUCACACUGGGUUUUGUGACAAGAAGGGGACGUGUGGGUUUUUCUUCCUUACACUUUAUUUUGGCUGCACACAUGUCUUUAACCCAGGAGCCCAGGGGUAGACAAAGGAGGACUGAGGUAAUCGAUUUGCACCUUUAAAUUUUUUUUCUUUUAUUUUCUUUAGUGGUGACUUCCUUCCCAUUAUUCUUGCUUCAUCCAUCCCAGUCCUCUGCCCUGAUGUGUGUAACUCUUAUCUUGGGUACUUGAGCAGAUGGAAUAUUCCAGAGGUGGGAGGUGGGAGGGGAGGGGAGAAGUCCAAAACAAAGUGUUCUUGCUCUGACCGCAUAUUGAUCUUGUAUGCUUGGAUUGGUUAUUUAAUUUUUUCUUUUGCACAUUUUUCUUGUAUUAAGGUUGCUCUUCCCAAAAGCUGGUUUUAGGAGCCCAGCUGCCAGCAUUGUCUGGAAAUAGAGGCUAAUAAGGAGGCCCCACAAGACAGAGGUCCUCCCCACUCACUCUCCUGGAACAAAUAGACCAGUGGGAGUGGAGAGGAGGAGCACAGGGCUUCCCCCGUGUAGCUACUGACCCUGUAUCCUACCCACCUCCCACAUGGUGCGACCCAACUUCAUUCGUUUACUUGAAAUUUCACCUCAGAGUUGAAUGAACCUCUGAGGUGGCUGUGUUUUCUCCUGAGCUUGAGAUGGGGGGCUGUGGUCCUUCCUUCUCCUGAGGAGAAAGUCCUUGCUCUGAUGACCCAUAAGUUGCAGAGGAGGUUGGAGUUAGGGUCGUGUAUUGGGAUAGUCAGGAAUCCCUGCCUUUGGCCUUUCUUCUUCCUUCUGCCAUAGUUGGAUCAUGUAUAUUUUACUUCCAAAGGAGAGAAUAUCAAAAAGUUCUGUAUUUUUUUUUAUAUUCUAUAUUUUAAGUAGGUCAGUCUUAAUUGGUCUUAGGAGGACAAACCGUCUGUGAGUGGGAUACUGUGAGGAAGACCAGAAAGAGAUGUAAAGCUUCCUGUUCAAAGGGCUGGACUUGGUCCUUUUCUUCUCUGCUUGGAUUCUGGGUCACCACUUGGGACCAACUCUCACCUCUGGAGCCUUUAUGAAGUAAAUCAGCCUGGGCUGAUUGUCCUGGUACCUGAGAGGAGCAAAGAGAGCCUGAGGGCCUAAUGAAGUCUGCUGCUCUGGUCCUUGCUUCUGAGCAGAAAGCAACCAGCCUUCUCUAACUGAGUUAUCAGUCCCUGUUACCCACAUAAGUCAUGACACAGCUGCCUCUGCUGUUAUCAGAGAACCUUGGCCACCUGGAUACUUUGGUGAGAGCUGUUGGAAUCCCCUUCCAAGGGUUCUUGUACCCGACUCGGAUUUUCCCUUUCUUGUGACAGCUACACAGACACCUUUUCUUUCUCUGAGUAAAGCUAGCUCAAUGCCUCAGAGGCUUGCUUGUGUUUUAGUGGGUUACACAUCAUACUAAAACUGAGCUCUGGGGAGGGGAGUGGGGUGCAUUGUCAACUAGGUAUAAAUGAGCAGCGGAGCUAGCAGCCCAGUACCCACUGUGGUGAAGCAGAGGUGUCCUGUCCUCAUCCACACUUUCCUUUCUCCAGAAUCAGCCUUCUUACUCCUGUGCCCACAGAUCUCCCACGCUUGCAGAUCUAAAGUUCAGGUUCUUGCUCUUGGCUCUGGCCUUCUGUUUGCCAUCUCUUAGUUUGGAGGCCCUAUUCCUAAGAAAAGUAGUGGGGCUGGCAGUUGAUACUGAGAGCUUUGACCAACAUUGGAGGAUCAAAUACUACUUAUUCACCCCCUGGCCUUCUGGGAAAGCAAUGGGCAGGGCCUUUUUUUUUUUUUUUUUUAACCUGGUCUACAGCUUUACUACAAACUCUGCUCCUAGUUCAAAGAAAAGCCCUCCAGGACUUGCCAUCACCACCCCUGUCUGAAGAGCAGAACACUGUAGUGGGAGCUACUCUGCACAUCUCAAGCAACAGUUAAUAAUAAGCCCCUGGCACUGGAGCCAUAUUCUCAGUAUGAGAUAUAAUGUCCUGUUUCCCCAUCCUUUCGCCAGUAUCUCUUUGGCUUCAGACAUGCAUCCAGUACCAGAUGGAAGAGGUUGGUUACCUAGCUGCUCUAGGCGUUGCACACUGAAAGCCUCUUUAGUGACUGACAGAGUGGUCUGUCCUAGACACUGUCUUCAGUCUCCAGCUCUCCCAAGUGACUAAUAAGCCUUGGUGUUGACUGCAGCCUUUUAGUAACCAUAUGAGUUCCAUCCUGUUUGGCACCAUUGUUAUUUGGGUCUGUGAACAUACACACUUCCCACGAAGUAGGUGUUGACCUUUUAAAGAGCUUUGGUGUUUCCCUGGGACCUUGUAUCUACUCCCUUCUGUCUGGAAGUCAUCUCCCAGGUGUGCUGAAGCUAACCACAGGAACUUUCUACUUCUCUGAAACCAAUCCAGUAAAAAGACAGACUUCCUGCGUGGAGGAACUGUGGUCUACUCUGUCUGCCUGGAAACCUAGCCGGUCACCCUCUGUCUGCGCUCUACAUGCCCCCUCUGAAGGCUUCUGCCCUCCUGCAGACCUCAUCCCUUCUCCCCCAGGUUCACUCACUCUGGUCCAUCCUCUUGGCUAUUUCUUCAGGCUCUAACUUCUUGAAGGGACAAAGCCAGCUUCUCCGGGUCCCUGCAGACCCAAGAGGGGACAGGAUGAUGGCAAGCUUCCCUAGCAGGCUGGGGAAGGGUGCACUGAACGAUGGCAGAUUCUGAGCAAUAGCAGCAGUUCCAAGUGGCACUUCCUGCAUAUCUAUAAGAGACAGACUUCUGGCACAUUCUAGACCAACCUCAUCCAGUAUUUUUUCCGUUUUACCUUUUGUAUUCUUUUGUUAAGCCAAUGAACUGAGAAUUUGCCCCUCUAAGGAUCCAUGUGGUGGACACUAGCUGCUCUUUGGCCAAAGGCCUUCAUAACUGGUUCCGAUGCACCAUCUAGUUUUCCCGAGUCCCACCCCAGAAUAAGACAUGCAUGGCAAUGGAAGAAUUUGAGAUCAACUCCAACAGAAUCAGAAUGAAAAGUUAUUUUCUUUUUGAGAAAGCAUCUUGUUUGAAGCCUGAACUACAUGCAGGACCAAAGCUGGCUGUGAGAAAAGCAGCCUUAACUUGGGGAACCUGAACACCAAGGGGAAAAGCUUGUGUGAUGUGUCUCCAAGGGCUUGGGCUUACCUACUUGUUCCUAGGCCAGCCUGAUUUCUGAUGCUCACACUAGCACAAGUCAAUGAUGCCCACCAGUCCUGCACUCCUGGGGGUCUGGUUUUAAUGUUUAGGUUUAGAGAAAGAAAGUAAUAUACCAUGUGCAGGGAGCUGGAAAGGAAGUCUCAACUCAGCUCCUGAGACUGCCUGCAAACUAUGUCAAAGAUUUACACCGUGAACCUUCAGAAGCUGGAGGUGGGUGUCGGCUUUUUUUAGCCAGCUUUUUUGGGAAAUGCCUUUUUUUGACCUAUUAAAUAAAUGAAGUGGGUAUGAGGUCUCAGCUACCCAGCAGACAGAACAUCCGCCCAAGGACAGCUUGGGUUUCCAGGUAAGAACCCUAGAAAGCUGAAUUUAAUCCUCACAGGUUUUGCUUUCCAAAUUCAUUUGCUUUUAUUUUUCUAAGAACUGUAAACUCUAUUUUUUCAUGUUCUCAGGGCCCCUGGGUAGACAAAGCUUGAUUUCAGAGCAGAAAUAGGCCAAGAAACCAUGGCAUUGAGUGUGCUGAGUCCAGACAAAUGAUAUUUAUAUACACAUCCAAAUUUGAAGAGAAAAUGUAUUUCUUUAGGUUUCAAACACUGUAAUAGAUACAAAGCAAAAAUAAAAACCUGUUGCAAAGUU